AUGACGCGGGAACUGUUCACGCAGUGGCUGCUGCAGUUCGCCAACACAAUGAAGAAGAAACAAAACAAGGUUCUUCUAAUCGUUGAUAACUGCUCGGCACAUAUGGUGAACGUACGUUUGAGCAAUGUGCAGCUUGAAUUUCUGCCCCCGAAUUGUACGUCUUUGCUCCAACCUUUAGACCAGGGCAUAAGAUGUGUGAAGGCCGAAUUUCGGAAUCGACUUGUGCAGCGCCUUCUCAUUAGCAUACAACUGAAGCCGCCCACGGAGGUCAACAUUCGUCGAGCCGCAGAAAUGCUGACAGGGUCGUGGUGGAACGUCAAGGCAAGCACCAUUAGCAACUGCUGGCGAAAGGCAGGUCUUCUUGAGACUUUGCUUACGCCGCAAGACUGCGAGCCAACGCCACGAGACUGCGAUGACGAAGCGGAGCUCGACCCAGAGCUUUGGAAUGAGCUUACCGAGAAGCUCCCGGUAGACGCUGCGGUAACCUUUGAGGAUUACGUAGACAGUGACUACGCAGCGGCUACAUCCGCAGAGCUCACCUGCAAAGAAAUUGCGAGUCAAGUGCGUGAGCAAGAUUGCUGUAGCAGUGACGAAGACGACGCUGGAGAUGCAGAGUCUCGGACAACGGAAGAGACUAUUUCCAGCUCGGUUGUUGUGGUGUUCCUUGAGAAGACCCGAUCAUACCUCGGGUGCUGCAAGGAUGUACCUGAAGACAUCCUUAGGAAGGUUGCGGACGUGGAGGCAUACAUUCACCAUCACCUGCUUUCUACUCGCCAGAAGAAGAUAACAGACUUUUUUAAGCAGUAA